ACCAAACCGUUUUUUCCAAAAGUCGAAUAACCACGUUCUGAUUUUCCCAUUUCUUUAGAUAUCAAAACCACUUUUCAUUAUAUAUUGUCUAUACUUCUUGAACCUCUAUAUUUCCACCAAAUCAAGCCCCUACUAGAUUCUACACAAAAUUUGGACCACCAAAUUGCUUUCCAAAUUCCAUUUUCAGGUAUAGCUUAGCUAGCCUUUUCUAAAUUUUCAUUGUUUUUUCAAAUCAAUGAAACCUUUACGUUCAACUAUAAAUGCGACAACAACAACAACUUCUUCUUUAAUAUCUUAUAGACCAACAAAACAGACUACAAGAGUAGUAGUACUAAUGGACCAACAAGGCCGAGGCGGGUCUUCCAAAAACCGCCCGAAAGACAAUAGUAGUAGUAGUGGAAGUGAUCAGGAGGUGAGAUACCGUGGUGUUAGACGUCGUCCGUGGGGAAAAUAUGCCGCCGAGAUACGCGACCCUAAUAAACAAGGUGCCAGGGUUUGGCUUGGCACAUUUGCUACAGCUGAAGAGGCGGCCCGAGCCUAUGAUCGGGCCGCCUUUGAUAUGAGAGGUCAUAUGGCAGUUCUGAACUUUCCUGCUGAGUACCCUCCUACCUUUUCGGCUGCUGCUUAUAUUAAUGCUGCGAGUAUGGCUUCCGCUGCCUCGUCGUCGACAAUGGCUACUCGAGAAGUAUUCGAGUUUGAAUGCUUGGAUGAUCAGUACUUAGAGGAUCUUCUUGAUGAUAACUAUAACAAAACCAAUAAGAAAUGAACUACUAUUAUAAAUUAAACAAUGUAAGGUUUUUACAUUAUUACCGUAUACGAGAUAACAUAUAUAGCACAUAUAGUUUCUUAAUUAAUAAAAAUAAGUUUUGCAUGAA